CCUCCCACAUCACGUGUCCACACACACACGCUGCGGGGCGGAGAUCGGACACACUGCUCAGCGUUUUAAAAGCGGCUAUUGUAGCGUUCGGAACUUUAUUCCCCCAGCACCAUUUGGGGACACAGAGGCAAGACGGGCAGCAUCUGGAGUCCAUUUAUUUCCGACGUUUUUUCCAGUUAUCUACACAGCAACUGCGUGCUGGAAGCAAUAGAGUGUGAGCUACAUUAAUAGUGUGGCCCUGUCACUUCCGGAGUCCUUCUUUCAUUCAGUGGCGUACGUUUUAAAAUCUCCCAGUGUGAAUGGAAUGUAAAGUCUAGCCUUUAGUAGACGAGAAGCCUGAGACAUCUUCCACAAAAUAUCCCCUUCAUGUGGGGCAUUGGAUGGAUUAUUUAAACCUAAAUGCUUAAACCAAAUAGAAAUUCCCCUGAGAGAUGAUGGACACAACUGUUCCCCUCUAAAAAAGACACCAAACCAAAGAAUACAAAAAUUACUUUUGUUUUUUGCAUAAUUUCCAUCUUUAUUUAAAUAAAGAAAACGUAUUAGUUAUAAAUUAGUAUUAUUUUCAGCUCUAUCUGUAAACAUUUAAACAUGGCUGCAUCAAUGGAGAUAGCAGACAUUGCAGUUGUUGCACUUUAUUUUAUCCUUGUGCUUGGCAUUGGCUUUUUUGCCAUGUGGAAGGCCAACCGCAGCAGUGUAAGUGGGUACUUCCUGGCUGGUCGAUCUAUGACUUGGCCGGUGAUUGGAGCAUCACUGUUCGUCAGCAACAUCGGCAGCGAGCACUUUAUCGGCCUAGCUGGCUCAGGGGCAGCAAGUGGUUUUGCUGUAGGUGCCUGGGAGUUCAAUGCCAUCCUUCUCCUUCAGCUUCUGGGCUGGGUGUUCAUCCCAGUCUAUAUCUACUCUGGGGUGUAUACCAUGCCAGAAUACCUCUCAAAGCGCUAUGGAGGAAAACGGCUAAAGGUUUACCUUGCUAGUCUUUCCCUUUUGCUAUACAUCUUCACCAAACUGUCAGUGGACUUGUAUGCAGGUGCUCUGUUCAUCCAGGAGUCGUUAGGCUGGAAUCUCUACCUGUCAAUUAUCCUGCUCAUUGCCAUGACAGCACUGCUGACAGUAACAGGUGGCCUGGUUGCUGUUAUCUACACUGACACUAUUCAAGCCAUACUUAUGAUCAGUGGAGCUUUGAGCCUUACAGCCAUCAGCCUGAUAAAGGUGGGUGGACUGGAUGGUGUUAGAGAGAAAUACAUGCAUGCUGUUCCAAAUGUCACUGCCAUUCUUGCCAGGCACAACCAUAGUUUUGAGCACACCAAUUCCUGUCACAUCCACCCAAAGCCAGAUUCCCUCAAGCUCCUCCGAGGGCCCCUUGAUGAGGAUAUCCCUUGGCCUGGGUUCAUAUUAGGUCAGACUCCAGCAUCCAUCUGGUACUGGUGUGCUGACCAGGUCAUAGUGCAAAGGGUACUUGCAGCUAAGAACAUUGCCCAUGCAAAGGGCUCCACCCUAAUGGCAGGCAUACUGAAAAUUCUUCCCAUGUUCCUCAUCGUUAUUCCAGGAAUGAUCUCCAGAAUAAUGUUUGCAGAUGAGCUGGCAUGUAUUGGGCCUGAGCACUGCAUGGCAGUGUGCCACAGCCAGGCUGGCUGCUCUAACAUUGCCUACCCUCGACUCGUCAUGACCAUAAUGCCAGUGGGUUUGCGUGGACUUAUGAUGGCUGUUAUGAUUGCUGCACUCAUGAGUGACUUGGACUCUAUCUUCAAUAGUGCCAGCACCAUUUUCACCCUGGACAUCUAUAAGAUGAUCCGCAAGUGUGCCUCCUCCCGAGAGCUGGUUAUCGUGGGCCGAGUGUUUGUGAUCAUCAUGGUAGGCGUCAGCAUUGCUUGGGUGCCAGUUAUCAUUGAGAUGCAAGGUGGCCAGAUGUACUUGUACAUCCAAGAAAUGGCAGGAUACCUUACACCCCCCAUUGCUGCUCUCUUUCUGCUUGGCAUCUUCUGGAAGCGCUGCAAUGAGACAGGUGCCUUCUGGGGUGGCAUGACUGGCUUUGUUCUGGGUACUACACGUCUUAUCCUGGGUUUUAUCUAUCGUGAGCCCCGCUGCGAUCAACCGGAUGAGCGACCAGCCUUCAUCACUCAUGUCCACUAUAUGUACAUAGCUGCUGGACUGUUCUGGAUCUCAGGCCUGGUAGCUGUGGUGGUCAGUCUUUGUACUCCUCCUCCAAACAAGGAGAAGAUUGCGCGCACAACUGUGUGGGGACUACGUAAUAUGGAAAAGCUACCGGUGACUGAUCGGAAGGAGAUGUACAAGCUAGCCAAUAAGAGUUCUGCUCACUGCAAUGGUAAUGGCACCUGCCAGAAAGACCUGCCUCUGGAUGUCCACAAAGAACAAUGUCUUGAUGGAGCUGAUAUUAAACUCCUCAUGCCUUGCCCUAGUGACCAGGAUCCUACAACGCCCAGCACAGAGGCACCAACGCCUAUGGAGACAUGCAGCAACGGGCACACAGAGUUUGCGGCGCAGAACGAUGAAGGCAACAGCAAGUUGGGGGCAUUCUUGUGCUUAUUUGGUUGGCUUUGUAAAUAUAAGGAAGAGACAGCAGCAUCAGCACCAAAAGUCAUUGAAGAAGAUGAACGUGUCGUUCAGGAGAUGCUUUAUGAGCCCCCUAAAAUCAAGCUUUUGCUAAACGUCUGUUUGGUAGUAGUCUGUUCUGUUGGCGUCAUCAUGUUUGUCUACUUUUCUCUGUAACAUGGUGAUCUUUUACUCAUUGGACAUAUGUAUGAUCUAUUUAUUGCUACAAAAGCUAUCUGGGUUAUGUAAAAAAAUACGCAAAUUUCUUUUAACUUUGAUAAGAGGAGCUUUCUUUUUGUCUGUUCCAUUGACUUCAAUCAAAUCACCAAGUGUGAAUAUGUUCCAACCAAAAGCACUACUGAUACAGUGGACAUUCUUAUAUUAUGUAAUACCUGUAAAAUUUGUGAAUUCUGCCUUAUUUAUUGUAAGCAUUCCCUUAUCCUAUCAUCAGCCAUGCUGGGGGUGACUGCUGUCUUUUGCAUAUGCAUUUAUAAUUGUUGUUUAUCCAUUAAGGCGUAUACUAUUUUUUAAAAACUACGGAAGUAGUACAUUUGCCACCUAUGUUGUGUAAUUAGUUCAAAUGCUGAAACAUUAGUAAAUGUUACAAGAUGUAAAUUGAAUUAAUGUUUCCUAGAUUUGGGCCAUCCAGGGGUAAAGAGGGAACUCAACAUGUGUUUUACGUACAACUAUGCUUUUUCUGUGCUGUCGUAAGUAUUGUGAAAUUUGCCUAAACAUAACUAUCUUUAAGUGCUACUGUGUGUUCAGUCAUUGUACCUCUAGUGGGCUCCUUUUAAUUGCUUAUAUCACAUAAAUCAUAAACCUCUAAAAGCAAUGUUUAGUGCACAUAUGUACAGAAAUGUAUUAUUCACCACCAAAAUGCCUUCUUUUCAAAUAGAAAUCCCCAAUUUGGGGAUUUAUCAAAGUCAUGGGUGAAAUUCUGUUGACUAGUGUCUCAAAGCUUUCAUCACUGAAACAUGAACCAUACAAGCACAGCUUGCUUUCCUUUGGAUGGCAAAUGACUGACCAUCACAGGAUGAACACCAGCUAGAAACAUCUGCUUAAAUCAGAGUGACGUUUCAAUCGGAGUAUAUGUGAAAGCAUAUCACUUAUCCCAUGUCAGGUCAACUAAGCUUGGGAUGUUCAAUUUUGAUUGCUGUGCAAAAUAUUUAGUUCUUCUAUAGGAAGAAUUUCAUUCUGUGGUUGUUGUGGGAACAGACAUUGUCUGUUAUACUGAUUUUCAGUACCGUACAUUGUUUUGUAAAAGAGGAAAAUGUUGGUUGUUUUAGGUAAAUGCAGAUUUGUAUUGAAGGGUAUUUUACCAGAGAUGACUGUUUUGAAGUCAGAAAUUAGUAUAUCGCUGGUUAAAGCCUUGCUGAUAUACUGCUCUUCAGGUUGUGUCGAGUCAAGUUUCAAAUUUUACCAGAAACACUAUAAAUUAGUAUUGUGUCUGCUGAGUAAACAUACUAUAGUUGGAAUAGACAAUAAACACCAUGUCAUAAGUUGGUGCUAGAAAUGAGUAGGAUUCUAGUCUGAUUACAGAUUGAGUUAUGAAGCCUUUCUUGGUAUAUCCCCCUCAGUUGGGUUUUAUUAAUUAAAAGGUCUGCUAUGUUAGCUGGCACUGAUACACGUCUGGAAACAGGCACAACUGGAUUAGUUAAGAUUUGGGAUUUUUUUUCCUCAUUUUCUGGUCCAGCAGAAACAAGUAAUGUGAAUGAAUAACAAAAUAAAAAUAAACUUUGGAUUUUUCUGUUUGUGGUUUUAUUUUGCAGUGAACGGGUUAAUAAACUGGGCAGUUACAUGUUCAUAAAUAACCUGCUCAAGCUGCCCUUACUUCUUUUAUUGGUUAGUCUGGCAAUUUAAUUGUUAAUAUUUUCAAUUCAGCUUAGUGAAUUUUGGCCCAGAGUCAGACAUCUGCUUCUUCUCUCUCUUUUAAGAUGUCUGUGCUUCAGAAAUCCUGAAAACAAAUGUAAAUGCAAUGAUUAGCAAAUCUAUAUUUCCAGUUAGUGCUUUGGAUAUAACUGGCCCAUAUCCUGUUUUAAUCAUUACAUGUAUCCUUGUUAUAGUUUAGGGAGCUGAGCAUAUAUUUUUAAAUACUUUUAGUAAGGACUAUUUCGUAAUUUUCCUCUCAUAAUAGUUUUGUACAUAACAUUUAAAAUUGUGAUUAUUCUGUUGAAUAUGGAAUGGGUUUCCAUUAUGUUCCAAUGUAAGUUCAAUUACUAUUUAUGUAUGUUUUCGGGUAUUAUUCAAAAUGCCUUUUCAAUUUGCGUAAUGAAAUAAGAGAAGAGGAAAAAAAUAGACUCAGUCUAUCCUAAGCUUCAGAUUUGAUGUCAUAUUGGCAUGUUUCAGUGAUAGAAAUAACAACAUUUAAAAUUUCCCAGAUUACAUUGGGUUCAAUGUUCAGCUUGGUAUUGAAUGAGAUACUGUUUUGAUUAAGUCUAGUAUUUGAAUGUGUUCAGGCCUGAUAGGUCCAAAAUGAUGGAAAGGCAAAAUGAUGGUGGAGCACACCCACUUCUCAUGAAGGAAAACUGCACAGCAUUGUAAAGUUCUGUAUACAUUAGAAAAUCCUUGGUUCUUGACAUGGUCUAAACUGUGCUAGUCAAUUUUUAUACAGUGUACUCAUUGGUUCUUCCAGUGCCACCCCCUAAAUUCAAUGUGGCAGUUAGUACUUUAAUUCUCAGUUGUUGUGUUCCCAUUUUUAAUGACAAAAGCACUGCAAUUUGUUUGGGAUUUUUUUUCACCGAGUGACCUCAGUGAAUAUUUAUUAAACUCUCCUUACCAACUGUGUGUUACUUUAAAACUGUUCAUCCUCAAACUCAGAGUCAUGAACAAGCAUACCAAUGUGUAUAAACAAUACAUGUAGCUUUUCCAAAAUGAUCAGGCUAAACGGACCUUCUGAUUUCAUUUCUAAAGACCUCCAUGUUUUGCUGCAACCUGCAGUCAGAGAAAAUGUUGGAUGUAUACUUAGCUUGAAAUAGCUUGAUAUGUUAAUUGCUUCUCAGCUUAGUUGUAAAUGAACAGAUUUAACUAUUUGCUACUUUUGAAUUUUUUAUGACAAAAUAAAGACAAACUUGUUUUAGCAGAA